UAUGUUAAGUACAGUUUCUUUUGCUGUCAUUUGUAUUAUUUUAUAUACAAAACUCAGAGAUUAAUAUAAUGUUGGUGAUCGUUAUAGAGCAGUAAAAAUUAUUGAAUAUUUUAGAAUUUAAAAUUUUUAUCAAUAGCAGUAAUAAGUUGCACUCUAUUUCGACCAACAUUUAAUUUUUUAUUCUCUCAGGAAUUCUUUUGGAAAUUGAAACCAGGACUAGAAUGCAAUAAAGAUGGUUUAAUUACAAUAAGUUUACCUGAUUAUGGGUUUAGAUGGUAUUUAAUAAAAAGAUUUGUUAAUAGGGCACUUUUCUAAUUAAUUUAUACUUGUAUCACAGAUUUCAUUCCUGUUUAUAUAUUAUCAUUGUUAUUCUCUCCAAAUAAAACAAAGAGGAAAACUUUAGUAACUACUAGCAAUAGUUCUGAUUCUGGUUAAGAAUGA